ACUUUUGUCGAUCCCUUUUCCCUCUAUUGUGUUUGCCUAGUGUUCAACUUAUUGGGUAUUACUGCUCGGUUCUGUGUAACUCAUAUACCACAUCUAAUGGUUGUUACUGCCCGGCACGUCGGCGUCUCAACGCAGGCCCUCGACCCCAUCUUAUGGUUUUUUAUUAUGCCGGUCGUAUUUAUUUUAGCCAAGUUUAAAACUUUCCACUUAUUAAUGAGAGAGAAUAUUGUAAGAUUGUAGCAUUGCGACGCUUUCUUAUGUUUAUAAAAGAUAUUUUAGCAAUGAGUCAAAAACUCGUAAACUUAACCUUUUUGGAUUAUGACUUUUAAUUUAGUUACGAAUAAUCUAAUAUUUUAAAACAUGUCAAUACAAGUUAUGAAAAGUAACAUAAAAUGUGUUUUUUUUUUAAAUUUUAAAUGCAAUCAAUAUUUUUGCUCUAAACUACUCCAUCGAGAGUGAAGAAUUUGAACUUGGAAUGUAGUGAGUUAAAAAAUAAUAGAAAAUUGAAAGUGGCAAAUGAGAUUUCGCCUUUCUUUGGUAUAAGUGGGCCUUAAUUUCCUUUAAACAUGCCUUAAAUGGGUUAAAGAUUGCAGGCCCAUUAUGGCCCAUCUUAUUUUUAUAAACCCUACUCAAAGUGGAAUUCAGAGACCAUUUUGCCGCCCAAAUGUCAGAGAUCUUUCGCUCACUCGUCUUGAACAGAAGGUUCGAUGACGUGACGCUACGAGUAUUGGAAUCGGCAUUGGUUUCGAAGGACGUAAAGUCGUCGAUAGAAGUCAGGUCCGGCUUCAGGCAGUUCAUGAGGUCGGAAUCGCUCUCCGUUCUGCGAGAAACUGCAGAGAAAAAUGCGGAAGAGAAGCUUCUUGUUCUCGAGUUUCUUGUUCGCGCUUUUGCACUAGUAGGCGAUGUUGAGAGUUGUUUGGCUUUGAGAUAUGAGGCAUUGCUUUUGCGGGACAUCAAAUCUUCGACGAAUCCAUGGCUACAAGUUUCUUAUACGGAAUGGCUGAAUUUUGCUCACCAGUCAAGAGAUAGUGGUUUCUAUUCAGUUGCAGGAAAGGCAUGUGAACAUGCAUUGGAUUGCAUUAAGAGGAAAUCUACUGAAGACCGUAAAACAGAUGAAGUUAACGUUAUGAAGAAAUCUACUGAAGACCUAAAAACAGAUGAAGUCCUUGAAAGUGUGCAAGCAAUUGAAAAGAUAAAGAGACUCAAGGAUUGUGCCAUGGCAUCUGCUUCUUCCCACUCUGUUCAAGCGCAGACGGCAGACUACUUGAAAAAGAGACUAAAGGAGAAGAGCACGGAGCGUCCCUUAGAUUUCAAGGAGCCAAAAUGUGUUGUAGCAAGCACUUUGUUCCGAAAUGGAAUCAGAAGGCGGAAUCUACGAAAAUUGAACACGAGUCGAAGCUUGCUGGGGAUGACUAAUGAAUCGUAGCCUAGUCCAUUUUGGGGGACAUUGUCAACAUCCUUGUGCUCGUGCUGGUGGAUUCUAUUUGCAGUCUAGAAGGGGAACCCUGAAGUUUAAUUUAGAGGUGCUUUUGUGCACCAAGUGCCUGAAUAUCUUAAACAUAACAAAGAUAAGGUCUACAAUCACAACAAUAACAAUUGGUCUCAUGUAGUAUGUCUUACAUUGACAUUGUAGCUGUCAAACUACAGUAACAAGGGGCGGACUUGUAGCUUAUGUGGUUAAGAGUCGUUAUCCUGUAUUUUAGGUAUUGUGUUCAAAUGGCUUUCUCGGGAUAUUUACUUGUACCAGAAAUAAACAUAAACAAAAAUGGCUUCUAAACCCCCACGAUUGGGGACAUUUUGCCUAGAUUACAA